UGUGUAUUGUGGGCCGAAUCGCCAUUUUGGAUGGUCAAUCCUUCCUUGUAAACAACUCAGUAGUGUGCAUCGUCUUUGCCUGUUCCAGUAUCUUUGAUAAAAAUGGGACAAUGGUGUUGUGUGAAAGGCUGCCGUGCUAAGUCACACGACAAACAUGGUAGAAAAGUUGGCCAUGAAAUUAGAUUUUUUCGGUUUCCCACCUGGAAAAGAGGCUUUGGACAGCAGGCAGAGGAAAUAACAAAGAGGCGUCGGAUGGCAUGGGUCGCAGCUGUGAGACGGAUGGACAUCACCUUCAACAACAUAUCUCCCUUCUUGCGUGUUUGCUCUCGGCAUUUUCACAAAGGUCAACCAGCUUAUGAAAUGAUGGAGGCUGACCCAGAUUGGGCCCCAUCCCUACAACUGGGACACACAGCUGUUAAACCCACAAACGCUGCGCGCUCUGCAAGGCGAAGUAGAUGGGAUCAGCUAAGGAAAGAUAGGCUGCAAGCAGCAGAGAUGAGGGUAAACCAGGAUGCAGAUGCAGACCCUGGAGAGCUACAGACCAAGGAGGGGACAUCUGAUGCUGGAGAGGAAAGUGGUCAGCUACAAACCAGAGAGGAGACACAUAGGCCUGGAAGAGAACGUGAUCAGCUGAUCACAGAGGAUGUGACCCAGACUGAAUGUAACCUGUGUGUGCUCAGGCGUUCAGAAGUAAACCGCCUGUUGGAAGAAAACCGAGAGCUGCAGUGUGAACUGAAUGUGCGCAGGAUGUCUGAAGGUUUCUUUGGAGAGGAUGAUGAAAAAGUAAAGUACUAUACAGGUCUGCCAAACCUGGGAACCUUUAUGGCAUUAUUUAAUUUUUUGUUGCCUCUCAUGCCCAGUAAAAAGAAAAUUCUCACUCCGUUUCAAAUGCUUCUGUUAACAUUCAUGCGCCUUCGAUUGGAUCUGCCUCCACAACACUUAGCUCACCUGUUUCACGUUUCCCCAAAAACAGUGUACAGAACAUUUGAUGAAAUGGUGUCAGUUUUACAUGCGAACCUGAGGCAUUCAAUUGUAUGGCCAGAUAAAAACACACUAAACUGUAUAAAGCAGAAGUAUAAGAUCUUAACAGGAACCAUCCCCAUAAACACGGUUCUUCCGUGUGAUCGUGAAGAAGGCACAAUGUUGGAUAAGGUUGUCACUGUGUGCUGUGCCCUGACAAACCGUUGUCUUGACUCUUCUUUGCCUCUCUUCAGAACAUAAAUAACCAGUGCCAGUUUGGAUAAUGAAAAUCACUCUUCAUCACUAAUUACAUUUAAAAAAAUCUUGUGGAGACAAACACUGAACAGGAAAUAUUUUUACUUUUUAGAUUUUUAGUUUUUGAACUGUUCAUAUGUGUAAGCACCGAUACCAUAAACUAGGUAGUUUAUGUGCAUCGAUGAGGUCCGAGGUAGUAAUGUGGCGUUGGAGCUACAUUCCUUAGUUUUGUGGUCUUAAGGAUCUUUGUUAUUGUCAAUAAUUUGACCAAAUGAACCCAGGCCUCCUUGAUAAGUUUGUCCCUGUAAGAUAUCCUUCUUAUUUUUCUCCAGAUUGGUGACUGAAUAAACCGUUUAAAACGUA